AUGAGAGCAGCAGGCCGUGCCAGUGCGUUGGGUCCUCCCCGCAGAAAGCGGACCACCUUCAGCCGAGGGCAGCUGCUGGAGCUGGAGCGUGUGUUCGCAGCAUGGCCCUACCCGGACAUCAGCACCCGGGAACACCUGGCCCAGGUCACUCACCUUCCUGAGGCCAAGAUUCAGGUGUGGUUCCAGAAUCGCCGUGCCAAGCGAAUCAAGGACAGGAAACCAGGAGACUUUAGUCCCAGGCUCGAGUCCCCUCAGAGCUCCUACUUUCUUUCUGAUACCCCCCUGCAGCCCAGUGAGCCCCAAACAGGGGGCCAGCCUCCUCCCAUUACCGGCACAGCUGUUUGCACUCCCGCAUGCCUGCCUGCCUCCUGUGCAGCUCCUCUCUCGAGUCUGGGCCAGAGCUGGGCAGGGGCUAAGGCUGCAGCCCCAAGGGGACUGGUUGGGGCUUCAGUGAUCUGCCCUUCUUUGGAGUGUGCUACUCCUCAGACCUCACUAGGCAGCUUGUCCGACCUCAUCUACACCUCAGCCAUUAUUACCAACGUGGACCAUUCCUAA